CUGCGUGCACGACUCGAGGGCAGAAGUUCUCUGAAGAAUCUCGAGCCUUGUCUGUUUGCUGAGGAAGGAUCUCCUGUUCAUGGAGAUGUUAUUGAAUUCCACGGCCCAGAAGGGACAGGCAAAACAGAAAUGCUUUAUCACCUGCUGGCCCGCUGCAUCAUUGCCAAGGCACAGGGAGGGCUGGAAGUGGAAGUGAUGUUUGUUGACACCGAUUACCACUUCGAUAUGCUCCGCCUGGUCACCGUUCUUGAGAACAGGCUGGCACAGGGGACAGAAGAAAUGAUAAGGCAGUGCCUGGGAAGGCUCUUCCUUGUCAGCUGCAGUAGCAGCACUCAGUUACUGCUGACUCUCCACUCUCUAGAAAACUUGUUCUGUGCUCACCCCUCGCUCUGUGUUUUGAUUUUAGACAGUUUAUCAGCUUUUUAUUGGAUAGACAGAAGCAAUGGAGGGGAGAGUCUUACCUUGCAGGAGAUGAACCUGAAGAAAUGUGCUAACUUCCUUGAAAAGCUUGUGACACAGCACCACUUGAUCCUCUUUGCAACAACACAGACACUAAUGCAGAAAUCUGCAAACUCUGCAGAAGGCUUUUUACCUUCAAAACUUCCACAUGAAACUGAUACAGACUACAGACCAUAUCUCUGUAAAUCAUGGCAGCAAAUGGUAACACACAGGAUGUUUUUCUCUAAGCAGUGUAAUUCUGGCAACAGCAAAGGUUUUACUGUAGUUUCUUGCCACCUCAAAAGAAACCAGAUAGUAAAACGUUCAUUUAGUGUUGCAGAAAGUGGAGUUCAGUUUUAACUUCAGUUUAUUUUGUAAACAUUUAUCAAAUCUUGGUGCUUAAUGCCUGAUUAGGUCUAAGUACCUUCUCAUAACUUUUCAACUACCUGGUUGUUGCUGGGUGAUUAAUAAUUGUUGUCACCAUUUUCUUGAAAUUCAGUGAAGGGCAGGGAAUGGUAAUUUUUUUUAAUUACUUCAGCAAUUCCAUCCAAACUAUAGAGGACUGUUGACAUUACUUGUUUGUGCUUAAUCAAGAAUAUAGUAACAAGACCUGGUAUCCUUCAGCAGUCUAACCUAUGUGGCCAAAUGCCUGUUGGAAUUUCUGGGUCUUACUCCUCUUCCAAGCUGCAGAAGUAGGAGCCUACUUGUCUGUGGCAGAGGUUGCAAAGAGGCCAGAGUUCACACUUUAUAAACAUUGGCCUUGGUUUCUUCCCUGCAGCUUUAGGCAUAAGAAAUGCUGAUUUUGCCUGAAGAAGAGGAUUCAUUUGCACAGCCUGUUAAAUAGUGGUGAUCCUGACUGUGCUGCUUCUCCUGGCUCUCAGCCUCUCCAUUUACAUUAGGGGGUGCUCAGAGGAGCAGGGAUUGCAGGUGUUCUGACCCUUACAAAUGUCUGGCAUUGAAGAAUCUUCAGCUAUUAAUGACAUAGAGGCCUGGUUUCCAUAACUGAAGGAAAAGUAAAGACCCAGCUCUGGGUGAGUUUGUGCUGCGUACAACAAAAAGUUUUGGAAAUACUUAAGUGCAAGUUACGGGUUAUUUUGGGAGUGGAGGUUGUUUUUUUGUUGUUUUUCAUUUUUUAAAAUGAUGCACAGGCUUUUUUCUCUGCCUUUCCUCAAUACUCCUUCCCACUUCUUUCCCUUCCCCAGUCUCUCUAAGAAAUCCAGGAAUGCCAUGCCUCUGGUCUUUACCAAUAUGCAUUUGCCACAUGUAGAACAUUUGUGUGCAGGAUUUGGCAUGUAGCAUGUUGCAAUUCUGGCAAAGAACAUUCAGAACUUACAAGAAAUGCCCUACAGUUCUGGCAAAGAACAGCACAUUAUUUAUGAACCUAGAGUGCCCUUUGAAAGCUUCAAAGUACUUUACAAGAAAGAAAAUUGCACACAGUACAUUAUUUAAUACAAAAACUUACAUUAGCUUACAAAUUCAAAUUACUCCAACAAGGGGGAAAUACUUCUCACAGUGAUGUUUGUUCAGUCAUGUUGCACAGCACGUUUUAUAGUUUAGAUUGAAGAGAUUAUUAACAAAAAUGCAUAUUAAUAAGAAGUAUCUAGCUCAGUAUCUUUUUGAGGAAGAUGCCUAAAAAACUCUGUUGUGAGACACUUACCUUUGAAUUUCCUGACUUCUGAAGCAGCUUUUUCAAGCUGAAUAUAUGUCUGGAAUUCCAGCUUUGUAUGGUUCAGUUACCCUCUUGGGUUCCACUGUGUCUGUUCACAAUGAGUUCAGUUUAAUUAUUCUUUCUUUGGGAAAAAUUCCCUUUUUCCCUUCUCAUUUUAAACCUUCCAUCUGAUCACUUCUUCAUGCCAUCAGUUCUUUUACUCUGACACAUCAGCAAACUUUGCCUUUUCAACAUCUCCCCAGAGCUGAUGAUUUUAUAGAAUGUCAGUUCAUUUGUGCUUACCAAUAUGUAUUUUAUUUCAAAACCUGCAUAAGUACACAAAUACAGAAAAAAAAAAUGAAAAAACAUUCAGCCUAGAGUGGACCCAAGUUAGAUAGUUUACCAUGUGUAGACACUUCCAUUAUGAAUUAUGAUAAAGGGCAUUAUUGAAUUUUUUUGUAAAAAAGAAUGGGAAAUUUCAAGUAGAACUAGAGAACUUUAAAAUCUGGAAAUUCUAGGACUAUGUAAUUUCUACUAGAAAAAAGUCAAAAACCAAACAGCCCCCCUUUCCACUGGAGAAUACAACUCCACUGAUGAUUAACUUCUUCUUAAAAUCAUACUUGCUAAAGAAUAUGCUUGAGAAAAAAAACAAUGGAUAUGUUCUGGCAUUCCCAACUGGAAAAAAAAGCUUUUAUAUUCUUCACAAUGUAGUUUGUAUUUUGCAUUGUACUAUGAAAGAAAUGCCUAAAUUGAAAUGAAGCCAAAGUUGUAGUUGAUCAAAAAGAGCACCUCAGGAAAUUCUGAAAUUUCCCAGUUUUAUUUUUGCUUUGAAUGCAGACAGAUUUUUUUAAUUCUCUGGUAAUUGUAAUAUUCAUGCUCUGCACAUUUGUUUUAGCUGUAUAGCAAGCCUGGAUUUCUGAGGUGCUGAGCAUCUGCAUAUCCCUGUAAUGCUGCAGGAGGGAUAGGCAGUGCACAAUCUGGGAGUUCACUGACCUCAUCCUCUGCCACAAUUAUGCCAUUUGGAAAAAUGAACCUUUAGGAUACAAGUCUCAGAAAGAGGCAGUGAUAAAGAACAUGGAAAGCAGCAAUUUUGUUUGUACCUUAAUGCUCUGUGGCUAUUAAACAUGGGGUUUGCUAUUUUUUAAGUGGUGAAUUUUCCAAAUUUUGUACCGAUUGUAGUUAUUGGAGACUGCAGUCCAUCCUUGUGAGCCAGGAACAGUGUAUGAAAUGUAGCAUUAUACCUGGAAUAUUCUGCUUAAUGCAGAUCCUCCUCUUUGACCCAGACCUGAGGUACCACCCUGUCUCACCUGGGCUGCCCUGAGCUGCUGCAGCUCAGUCUCCCAGGGAGGAAGCACAUUUCAGGUUAGUAGGUCUGGUUUAAAUCAGCCCUGCAGAAGAGCAUGGAAUACAUGUAUUCCUGAACUCUGAUUUAAGGUAUUUCUUAGAAAUGAAAAUCCUUUCAUGUCAGUGCCAUUGUUCUUCAGCUCAGGGUGGUAUUACUAAGGCUUUUGUAGACACAGGAACUUUUUACAUUCCUUAGAAUUUUGUUUGUUGUUUCAUAUGCAACAUGGAAUUAAAGCAGCAAGCUUGAAAUAAAGAGGAACUAGUUCACCCUUUCCCCCAUUCUUUUCAUAACGAGAGGGCUUCUUAGCAAAACCAAAUUAAGGUAUUUUGCAGGUUUUUUAUUUGUUUUCUACUAUACUGGUAUUUCUAUGGACACCUGGAAAGAAAAUGUUGAGUUUUAUAUUCAGUUAAAAGUUCUUUGUAUUCCUAGGCUUUUUAUAGAGCAAAUAAAAUACAAAUAACAGUUUGCUUGGUUUAAGUUUGCACUAGCACAUAAAAUUCAAGUUUCCCUUUUCUUAUAUAACUAAUCUCAGAAACUUAGCUUUUCCUGGAGUUUGGAAAUGGCAUAAGAUAAAUGUUCUCCUGUGGAAACAUACCUUCAGUUGUGUUUUUGCUGGAGAGUAAUGGACAGAGGAAGAAGAAAGACCACAUUUGAUGGCAGCUGUAUAGAAGCCUUGGACUGUGUCUGAAGAGGAACAUGACUUUUUACUUUUCUGUGGCUGCUCUAAUAAAAUGUCUCUUGAA